AGGGAUUGCCUGUUUUUAGAGCUGGAUUAGCUCCAGGCAACAUUAGCUAUGAUGACUGCCACUUUGGAACAAAUUGCUUUCAAUGAGUAACAAAAGUGAAAUCAAGGGUAGUUUUGGAAAUUCUAAAACUGGGAUACAAUGUGCUAAUGAGUGAUGUUGAUUGGUUUAAGAAUCCGUUGCCACUGCUUACCGCUUUUGGUCCUGCAGUUUUCGUGGCUCAAUCCGACGAGUAUAAACUCACAGGUCCUAUAAAUUGGCCAAGAAUCUAGCUGGAAUUUGGCCAGAAUUGCUCGUCUGCCACCGAAUUUUGUCCAAUUAGAACUGGAUUUGACUACUGUUGACCGCCGCCUAUUGAUUAAUUGGCCGAUUAGAUAAAAAUUACCCGGUGAACCUCCGACUAGCCAUUAAUCAGCGACUAAUCGGAGGCUAGUCGGGAUUUUUACAGCUAUGAUUGGUGGUAUGAAAAAUAUCAUUGUUGACAAGUUGAUGUUUACAAAGAGACAGCACAUUCUAAACAAUUAGCUGCUAAAACUUUGGUUUUAUCAACAUGGCAAUUACAAGAAAAAACCAAAGAAAAAGACGUUUUUUCGUGGUUUAUAAUGCGCGCAAAUGGCAUCAAGGAGACAUAGUUUCUUGAAAUGGGGUGUUUAGAUUCACUCUGUGGAGUCCAGUCACUGGACGAAAAAGAUUCAAGAAACCAUAACGACGUUAAAGAUGAUUCCUUUUCAACUGGGUAUAGUCUAAAAUCACGGGAGUUUUGCGUUAGAGUUCUUCAUGCAGGCGGGAAAGAAGAUCUUUACCCACAUUCUGUUAAAGCUUCUCAACUAAUCAAGAACUACCCGGGGAUGUGUAUUGCAUGGCCUGCGGUUUUCAAGAAUCCUAAUGAAAGUGUUUUAUCAGCAACGGAUAUACUGUUGCCCGGACACAAGUACUAUUUAGUCCCUGUGACGACGUUAAAGAAGUUGAAAAAGAAAUACGCUGCAAAAGAGAAUAAGUUGACGGGAGAAACCGGUCCUGACAAGUCUGAUAACUCCGUUAGUUCAAAAGAUUACAAUGUUGUUAAAGAGAGGCGGUGUAGACGCAUAGUUAAGAAAGAUAUACAAUCAAACAGAAAACGUGUGCCGCCAGUCGUGAAGUCAAAGUCAACACGGGGAUCUGACUGGGAGCCCAGUUUAACCUCGAUUCAAGAACUCUCUCUAUGAACUACACCUUAUGCAACUUUCAGCAAAUGGGUUGACCCAUUUGACUUGUUUUCCUUUCAGCUAAGUUUUUAUUUACUUGUUUGUUUUGUUGGAGAUGAAAUAUAAUCCAAAUCGACCCAUUUACUAUUAAAUGGGUCAAAAUUGCUACCUUUGUUUCUGAUGUAUAACAAACGCAUGUUUUCACAUGGGUUGCAUCAGGCUUUUUGAUUUAUGUAUUGCAUUAAGAGUUAAUAAA